GCCUCUUUAAACUUAGUAUUUUUUCUAGACCCAAACGUGGCGGAAUAAGUCAUUUUGUGUUGUCGCUUAGCAAACAUGCACCGAAAAUCCUUGAUGCGAGUAAUUUUGACAUUUUUCUGCCUAUAUGAUUUGACUCAAUGUAAUACCAUCCUACCAGAUCCCGCUGAGCUAUGCAGUCUAUUCGAGGAUGGCACUCGUAUCCGCAAGCCCGGUUCGUGUACAGAGUAUAUUCUUUGCGCAAACUCUAUGGGUACUACCUACUCGUGUCCAUCUAACCAGAAGUUCGAUCGCGCGAAACAAGGCUGCGUUUUAGAAACAAACCUAACUGAUACGGAUGACUAUUGCCGAAAUCGCUGCGAGGGCAUCGAUGGCAAGUGGAUUACCGACCCGGCUUCUUGCAAGGGAUAUCUCUAUUGUAGAGAAGGCCAGCCAAUCCAGGGCUACUGCGAAAAUGAUUAUGUUUUCAAUGAGAACGAUGCGAUGUGCGAUUUUGCGGAGAACCUUAGUUGUAAUGUAGUGCAUGAAAUCUGCGACUUGGUGCCGGAAGGCACACUGUAUCGCAACACAGCCGAUUGCAGUAAGUACUACAAGUGCACGAAGGGCAAAAGCGUAAGUACCAGUUGUGCUAGGAAUACCCAUUACAAUGUGCAAACGAAAACGUGCGGUAAACAGUGGCUGGAUGAUGCUUGCGUGCCUACUUUUAGCUGUGGUACAAGCUCAAGAAUUCUAAAGGGCUUCCAAUCGGAUGGUGUCACAUGUCGAGGCUAUUUCUAUUGCCGCGACUUUGGAACCGUACGGGACUUAGAGCCCAAUUAUGGUCGAUGCCCGGAGGGAACGUUUUAUGACCAAACCGCCCUGGCAUGUAUUGACCCCUUAGAUUCGGAUUGCAGUUAUAAUCGGUGUCAGGGUCGUGGUAAUAGCUACGUGCAGACCAACGAAGAUGACUGUCGAAAUUACAUUGUUUGCGAAAAUGGCGUGGAGGUCAAAAGGCAACGUUGCAGUGGCGACCAGUUUUUCGAUGAAAAAAUGCAAGUCUGUGUAAAAAGUAUUGUAUCUUAUAAGUGCUGCGAUGGCAAAUAA